ACACGUGAAAAACUGAAAAAGAAUAAGGCCCAGACCAUUUUUGCCUUUCAUUUUGCUCAAACAGCGGUGUCGGUCAAGCUAGAGUGUUGCAAAUCUUUUACGUGCAAAGGAUCCAGAUUAAACAUCUUCAAUAGGACGUAAAGUUAACAAACAUCUGUAGUUACAGCUGAAAAUUGAACGCUGUACUACUUUUGGUGAAUUGUGUAAACUUUCUGCGAUCCAUUAUCAGGCUAUAAACAAAUUCGUCGCCCCAAUUACACUUGUCAUCGUUGCUGAUCGUUGUGUAGCGAAACAACACGGCACCACGCACUUACCAACCAUCAUGCAGCUACUUUCCGGAUUAGUGAAAACAACCGUGCCGAACUAUCUGUCUGGUUUGCCAAUUCCGGACACUUUCGGCGGAUGGUUCCGACUAGGCUUUAAGGACUGGUUUUCACUGGUGCCACCAACCGCUGCUCUGGCCGGUGUCGUUUAUAUGUCCUACUUGGCCUUUUGUCCGGAUGCUCGCCCGAAGCCGUCAAAGAAGGCAAAUAAUAAGAUUCGGUUGGAAGAGCCCAAAGUAGUGGACAUGAUCGAUAUUGAAGACAUUGCCGAAAAAGCCGCUUUUUGCCGAUGCUGGAAAUCCAACAACUGGCCCUACUGCGAUGGAUCACAUGGCGCUCACAACAAGGAGUGCGGCGAUAACCUCGGACCGGUUGUGGUUCAACGAAAGAAGAACUAAAAUGCAGCAAUACUUUAAUUAAUUAUCCAUUGCACAUAGCGCAAAGGGCCAGUGAUUUGGCGUUUACCAGUUACUUGCACACUAAAUUCAACGAACACUCUACAAUUCAUUCGAAACGUGCUAUUUCUGUUCCUUGUUGAGGUUUCCCAGCUAAAUGAUCAUAUGUAGAGGAAGUGCAUUUGAGUAGAAGAUUGAUAAAAUCAAUUUUAGCCACUACUAACACAGACCACUUGCUGCAUCUAGAGCUUACUUUAAACAAGUUACAUUAAAUUGUUAGUUACAAGUGCAUUGCGUUUCAUAAGAUAAUCUAAAGUAAAUACCAGUAAAUUCGAAAGAGUAUGUUGUUUUUACAGCUCGCAGCAUAUUUCUCGAAACAACAAGCAAAAUUAUUCCACGUAACUUUCUUUGUAUGUUUUCUUUUCAAUAAAAAAAAUCUUUUUCUUA